UUAUUGUGAAGGCUGAUGCCCGCUUGUAGGACGUCACGGCUCCUGGCUGUGUACGGCGGCUCGGUGGGGUCAGUUCGCGUCGCUUCGCCGCUCGUGCUGACGAUGGGAGACGUUCUCUGUGAAGAGCUCGAGGAUUUAGUUCAUUUCUCAGUUCACGACCUGCCGACGCGAGGCUAUGUCGUCAUGGAGGAGAUCCGACGUCAGGGGAAACUCUGUGACGUUACACUCAAGGUGGGGGAUCAUAAGUUCAGCGCUCACAGAAUCGUCCUCGCCGCCUCCAUCCCCUAUUUUCACGCCAUGUUCACCAACGACAUGGUGGAGUGUAAACAGGAUGAGAUCCUGAUGCAGGGCAUGGACCCCAGCGCUCUGGAGGCUCUGAUAAAUUUUGCAUACAGCGGCCAUGUUGCAAUCGACCAGCAGAACGUUCAGUCUCUUCUGAUUGGCUCGAGUUUCCUGCAGCUGCAGAACGUUAAAGACGCCUGCUGCUCCUUCCUGCAGGAGAGGUUACAUCCGAAGAACUGUCUGGGCGUGCGCCAGUUCGCAGAGACCAUGAUGUGUACGACUCUGUAUGACUCGGCCAACAGCUUCCUCCACCAGCACUUUGUGGAGGUUUCUCUGUCGGAAGAGUUUCUGGGUCUGAGGACGGAGGAGGUGCUGGAGCUGGUCGGCUGUGACGAACUCAACGUUAAAGCAGAAGAACAGGUGUUUGAAGCUGUGCUGGCCUGGGUUCAUCAUGACCGGGACCGGAGGGAGUCUCUGCUGCCGGAGCUGCUGUCAAAAAUCAGACUUCCUCUGUGUCGACCUCAGUUCCUGUCAGACCGAGUCCAGCAGGAUGAGCUCGUACGCUGCUGCCAUAAAUGCAGAGACCUAGUGGAUGAAGCCAAAGAUUUCCACCUGAUGCCGGAGCGCCGCCCUCACCUUCCCACCUUCAAAACCAGACAGAGGUGCUGCACGUCCAUCACAGGACUCAUCUAUGCUGUGGGAGGACUCAACAGCUCAGGUGACUCUUUGAACGUGGUCGAAGUGUUCGAUCCGAUCGGGAACUUCUGGGAGCGCUGUCAGCCAAUGAGGACGGCUCGCAGCAGAGUGGGUGUGGCCGUCGUUAACGGGCUGCUCUAUGCCAUCGGUGGAUACGACGGCCAAUCACGGCUGAGCACGGUGGAGGUUUACAACCCGGAGAUGGACAGCUGGACGAGGGUGUCGAGCAUGAACAGCCAGCGCAGCGCCAUGGGAACGGUCGUGAUCGACGGACACAUCUACGUCUGCGGCGGCUACGACGGAAAAUCAUCUCUGAACUCAGUGGAGUGUUACUCUCCAGAGACAGACAGGUGGACGGUGGUGACAGAGAUGAGUGCGAGUCGCAGCGCUGCAGGUGUGACAGUGUUUGACGGACGCAUCUUUGUCUCCGGCGGCCAUGACGGUUUACAGAUCUUCAACACGGUGGAGUACUACAACCACCACACCAACCGCUGGCACCCGACAGCGGCGAUGCUGAACAAGCGCUGUCGUCACGGGGCGGCGUCUCUGGGCAGUCACAUGUACGUGGCGGGGGGGUAUGAUGGCUCGGGCUUCCUGAGCGGGGCGGAGGUGUUCAGCUCGGCCUCGGGGCAGUGGAGCCUCCUGGUGGCCAUGAACACGCGGCGCAGCAGGGUGUCUCUGGUGUCCACAUCGGGCCGUCUGUACGCCGUGGGCGGCUACGACGGACAGUCCAACCUCAGCUCCGUGGAGAUGUACAACCCCGACACCAACCGCUGGACCUUCAUGGCCCCCAUGGUCAGCCACGAGGGGGGGGUCGGUGUCGGCUGCAUCCCGCUGCAGCCCGCCUAACCCCGCCCAACACAGCCGAGGAUCAACACAUAGCCGCCGGCUGCAGGCUGGGAGGCGGCGCCCCCCCGGUGUUCACCGAGCUUUAUUGGUACGACGGCCGGGCUCGGACCCGCACACUGACGCCAGGCCUGUGGGAUUAUGGGUAAAAACUGUAGAGCUAGCCCCUGCAGGCUAGCUGCUAGCAUUGUGCUGUUAGCGCGCGUGGACUGAUUAUUGAUAAAUAUUGAUUUUAUACUUGAUUGAAAACGACCAACAGGAAGUGACUUUCUCUACAAACAAACAAAGCUGCUGAGAAACAGGACGAGUCUGAUCCCGGUCCGUCUCCUGGGACCACGAUCACUGGACUGUCGCCGACAGACAGAGACAACAUUUAGAAACCCAGAGUUGAACUCUGCUCCUGAAUACAUCAGAAACAGACUCCUGUCAGCGCCACCAACAGGCUGCAGAGGUCAGUGCAGUGUGACCUGACGCUGCAGGAAACACGAGGAGUCUUUAAGGUUCAGAGUCGCAGAGUUUCAGCCUCAACUCUGUGGAGCUUCAACGUGUUGAUGUUCAAAAACCUGAAGCUUCAAUCAGAUUUACCCCACACACACACACACACACACACACACACACACACAGAGUCUGAUCGCAGCUUCAGUCGAUAAUUUAUUUCAUAUCUGAUGUUGAACAGUUUGAAGCUUCACAGUUUCACAGAGUUUAACUGUUGAUGAAGCUGCUGAGACUGAACAGAACCAAUAAUCAAUAAUCAAUCAAUAACUCAGCUCUUCACAUCCUCUGAUAUUAAUUCAUUAUUAUUGAUAAGUCAGACACUGAGCUGUGACCUGAAAAAAAUUUAUAUUUAAUCUAUUGAUCUGAUCUUUUAUUAAUAUAAACAUGUCAUUAAAGAACUUUUUAAUAAUCAAUAAUAAGUUUAUUUCUUUUUUCAGUAACAUAAAAUAAAACAGGUCGUGAUGAUCAGUCGUGUCUGUCAGCUGAUGAAGACCAUGAGGUGAAAGCUCUGGUCCAGAGUCAGUGUCACAGCUCAGUGUUUUAUAUGAAAUAUUGAUUUGGUCCUCUGCAGCCUCCGUACGACAUCAUCAGUUUAAUUUUAUUUUUAUUGAUUAAUUUAUGAUUUUCUGUUUGUGGAUCAUUAAAGAGGGAAUUAGAUUAAAUCUCUUCCUGUUCCUUU